AUGUCAACAGCUGAUGAAUAUAAAGCAGAAGGUAACAAAUACUUCACUGCAAAAGAUUACAAAAAGGCAAUUGAUGCAUUCACAAAAGCUAUAGAAGCUUCAUCAACUCCAAAUCAUGUAUUAUAUUCAAAUAGAUCUGCUUCAUAUGCAUCAUUAAAAGAUUGGACACAAGCAUUAAAAGAUGCAGAAGAGUGUACUAAGAUUGAUCCAAAAUGGGCCAAAGGUUAUAAUAGAGUAGCUGGUGCACAAUUUGGUUUAGGAAAUUUUGAAGAUGCUGAAAAUGCUUAUAAAAAAUGUUUAGAAUUAGAUCCUUCAAAUGCUCAAGCAAAAGAAGGUUUAAAAUCAGUUGAAAAUGCAACUAAAGCAAGAAAUUCAAAUGGUGAUGAUAUGGGAUUGGGUGCAAUGUUUAAUGAUCCAAAUUUAAUUACAAAAUUAAAAAAUAAUCCAAAAACUUCAGAACUAAUGAAAGAUCCUGAUUUAGUUGCAAAAGUUUUACAAAUUCAACAAAAUCCAAAAGCUAAUGCUACUCAAUUAUUAACCGAUCCAAGAUUAAUGACUAUUAUUGCAACUUUAAUGGGUAUUGAUAUGGAUUUCCCAACUGAAGAUCCAAGUGCAGCUGGAGCUGCAAGUGCUUCAAAAGAAGAGCCCAAAUCAACUGAUUCAUCAUCAUCAAAACCAGAACCAGAACAAUCACAACCUAAAGAAACUUCAUCAAAACCAACCACUAGUGAGACUCAAAAAGAAGAACCAAUAAAAGAAUCAAAACCAGAGGAAGAUGAAGAUGUCGAAAUGCAAGAUGCAGUUCCAUCAGAUAAAGAUGCAGCAGAUAAAGCAAAAGCUGAAGGUAAUGCAUUAUAUAAACAAAGGAAAUUUGAUGAAGCAAUUGCACAAUAUAAUAAAGCAUGGGAAUUACAUAAGGAUAUUACCUACUUAAAUAAUAGAGCAGCAGCAGAAUACGAAAAAGGUGAUUAUGAUGCAGCUAUUAAAACUUGUGAAGAAGCUGUUGAACAAGGUAGAGAUAUUAGAGCUGAUUAUAAAUUGAUUGCGAAAUCAUUUGCAAGAUUAGGUUCAAUUUAUUUGAAAAAAGAUGAUUUAGAAAAUGCAGUUAAAUAUUUUGAUAAAUCAUUAACUGAACAUCGUACACCAGAUGUAUUAAGUAAAUUAAGAUCAACACAAAGAGAAAUAAAAAUAAAAGAAGCUAAUGCAUAUGUAAACCCUGAAAAGGCAGAAGAAGCAAGAUUAGAAGGUAAAGAAUAUUUCACAAAACAAGAUUGGCCAAAUGCAGUUAAAGCAUAUGGAGAAAUGAUUAAAAGAGCACCAGAUGAUGCAAGAGGUUAUUCAAAUAGGGCAGCAGCAUUAAUUAAAUUAUUAUCUUUCCCAGAUGCAGUAAGAGAUUGUGAUAUUGCAAUUUCUAAAGAUCCAGAUUUUAUAAGAGCAUAUAUUAGAAAAGCAAAUGCUCAAUUAUUAAUGAAAGAAUAUACUCAUUGUAUGGAAACUUUACAAGAAGCUCGUGAAAAAGAUUCAAAAUUAGGUGGAAAAAGCAUUCAUGAAAUUGAUACAAUGUAUAAUAAAGCAGCAAUGCAAAGAUUUCAAGCAAUUGAUGGUGAAACUCCUGAACAAACAAUGGAAAGAGUUAGUAAAGAUCCUGAAAUUGUUAAAAUUUUACAAGAUCCUGUAAUGCAAGGUAUAUUAUCUCAAGCAAGAGAAAAUCCUGCUGCUUUACAAGAUCAUAUGAAAAAUCCUGAAGUUGCUAAAAAAGUUAAUAUGUUAAUUGCAGCUGGUGUUAUUCGUACAAGAUAG